AUGGAGUCGAGUUGGAUCGCCGUGGUUUGUGUGCUCCUACUCGGUUUGAUGCAGAGCAGCCUCAGGCGAGCAGCGGUCAUCCCUCCAGAGAAUCUCUUGGUAAUAACAGUAGCUACAGAGGACACUGAUGGCUUCACCCGCUUUAUGAGAACCAGCAAAGAGUUCAACUAUACUGUUAAGGUGCUGGGUCUAGGUGAACAGUGGAAGGGAGGAGACGUUGCUCGUACUGUAGGAGGAGGUCAGAAAGUUCGCUGGCUGAAGACAGAACUCCUCAAACACUCUGCCAAGAAGGACAUGGUCAUUAUGUUUGUGGACAGUUAUGAUGUAAUCCUAGCCAGUGGUCCAGAAGAGUUGCUGUGGAAGUUUUCCAGACUGGGUCAUCGGCUGGUGUUCUCUGCCGAGGGCUUCUGUUGGCCUGACCAGAAACUAGCCCCCAAAUACCCCCCUGUCCACACCGGGAAGAGAUACCUCAACUCUGGAG